AUGGUUCUAUCCAAGAUCGUCACUUUAUCUCUUUUCAUUUUCUAAUUUCUCCCACUCCCAAAAGUCACGUAUUGUCGGUGUAAAUUAAGAUCGAAGUGCGUUGUCUUCAAUUCGCUAGCGGACCUUUUCCUAGUCCUCGAUCUCCUUAUAAAAGUGUCCAAGCCGGCAACCCCUGCCUCGCCCUCCAAUCUCUCUCUUUCUCUAAGUCGACGCUUGCACGUGGGCGCACACACACACACACACUCAGACAAAUGGAUCCAAGCAAGACAGAGGUAGCUGUUGAGGUUUUUCCCUACCUUAGAGAAUACAAAGAUGGAACCGUGGAAAGGAUUGCGGGGACCCAAGUCGUCGCCGCAGGCUUGGAUCCUGACACGGGUGUUGAAUCCAAGGACAUACUGAUCAUACCAGAAACCGGUGUCUCCGCCAGGCUCUACCGUCCCAAUAAUAAUUACAAGAGUGAUAAAAAGCUUCCUCUCGUUCUCUACUUUCACGGCGGAGCAUUCUGCAUAUCCUCAGUCGCUGAUCCCGUCUACCACAACAGUCUCAACAUCCUAGUUGCUGAUGCUAACGUCAUCGCUGUCUCGGUGGACUACAGGAGAGCCCCGGAGCAUCCCCUUCCGGCGGCCUACGAGGACUCCUGGGCUGCGGUUCAGUGGGUGGCUUCCCAAGCUUUGGCAGAUCAUGAUCACCAGGAGCCAUGGCUCAAGGAUCACGUUGAUUUCGGGAAGGUGUUCUUGGUAGGGGACAGUGCUGGCGCCACUAUGGCACACCACGUGGCUAUGAAAUCGGACCCUACAGGAAAUGUAAAGCUCCUUGGUAUUGGUCUAAUCAAUCCUUACUUCUGGGGAGAAAAGGCAAUUGGGUCGGAGAUUACAGACCCGGCGAGAAAAGCGAUGGUGGACAACUGGUGGCGCUAUGUCUGUCCAUCUGACAAAGGUGGUGAUGAUCUGCUCAUCAACCCUUUUGCAGAUGGAUCCCCAAGUCUUUCUAACUUGGCCUGCCAUAAAAUCCUUGUUACUGUUGCUGAGAAAGACAUCUUGAGGGACAGAGGGAGGCUUUACUAUGAAGAGUUGGUGAACAGCGGAUGGACGGGGAAGGCAGAGAUCGUGGAGACCCUAGGGGAAGAUCAUGUCUUCCAUAUCUUCGAUCCCAAUUGUGAGAAAGCCAAGAGCUUGAUUAAACGCUUGUCUUCUUUCAUCAACCAAGGCCAUCUUUAAUGUCUGUAUGUAAUUACAUAUUGCAUUUCAAAUUAAGUUUGGAAAAUGUCGCUGUCAUAGAUUGCUGAUUUUAUGUAUGGAAAAACCAAGCAAGAGACAAAGGCAACACCUUUGCUGGUGGGUCUCAAAUCUCAAAUCUUGCUAGCUUGUCAUGUUUUCCGUUUUCAUGUCGUAUUUCGUGUUCACUUGCCAUAAGAAUAUUUAAUGUUUAAUCUAUUUCUUCGUUGAA